CCUCAGCCACACACAGCACAACCACCGUUAAAUACAGGAAGCAGCUGCGUCUCUUCCUCCUUUGUGUCACAGAAGCCUCGAUCAGUCGGGGUCCGGGGUCCAGACACGAUGGGAAGCUGCAGGGACCUGCACUCGGCUCUUUGCAGAUCCAGGUUCAUCAGCUGGUGCGUGGAGUCACCUGUGGACAACAGCCAGGCAGCUCCUGAAACCUGUCCACGGGGGUUUCCUCAGCCGCCUGGUUCCAGUUCAGUCCCACUUCUCCUUCUGUCACCACCAGAAACUAACCCUCAACGGGUCCAAUCACAGAAAACACAUCUCAAAGCCUGCCCACGCUCCAGCUCCGCUUUGCUCCACACUGAGCCAGCCGCCGGCCCCAGUGAUGACAGACGGGAAGACUGCGGCGGCUGCAGCUGUGAGGAUCCAUCUUCUCUGCUUCCCGGUCAGAAGAACCUCCACCUUCCCAGGUCCAGCCCGGUCAUGUCCAGGCGGCCCCGACCCGUCUCCUGGCACGGAGCAGGGACAGAUGCAGCCAAACCAGCGAGUUUGGACUUGUCUGCUGCUCGAGCUUCACCGUCUCAGGACCUACAUGGCAGCUUGACAGCAGGCAGUUUGGAGGAGCUGGGACCCGGACCGAGCCCCUGCCUCCGGUCCCCCCCCACCCCCGCAGACAAGAAGCCGCGCGCCCUCUCAUCCAAUCUGAACGACCUGCUGAACUCUCUGCUGCACCUUCCCUUCAGUGGGCUGCAGGCGCGGACCCAGGAGCACAGAGGCCGAGGCCCGUGCAGCCGGGAGGGCUGCCGCUCAGCAGACGUGUCAGCGCACAGCAGCGCAGAUGUCUUCAGGACCAGCUGGGAGCUGGAUGAGGAAAACGCCCACUUCAUCGUGGUGGACAUGGUGCUGGAGGUGCUGGAAGGUGUGAAGUGGAGUCUGACUCCCAGCACAGACCACGUCCUGCAGCAGCUCCCACAACGCUGCACAGCCAGCGCCAGCACACGUCCACACGCGGAGCCGGAAGGAGGCGGCGAAGCCGAGCGUCCGCUCAAAACCUGCUCCGUCCUCUCCACUGACAGCGGCUUUGAAGACUGUGCAGGAGACGCUCUGACGCAAAAAGCCGCUGUCACAGAUGCAGAGUCGCUGGCCCAGCAGCUGGUGGAGCAGUUCAGGAGAAGCUGGCUUCCGUCCCGUGGGCCUCGCCGUGCACGGCUGAGCCUGCGUAGCUCCCUGCAGGAGCUGCCCGGUUCUGACAGUGCGGCGCUGAGCAGCGGCAGCCUGAAGGAGGAGAUCAGACUAAGGACCAGGAUGCGAGGGUCCCUGAACUGGGCGCCCCCUCGCUUCCAGAUCAUCUUCACCGUUCCGCCCGCUCUCAGACGAAGUGACGCGGUGGCGCUGCAAAACUUCCUGUGUGCAGGCUGUGGGACUAGGCUGGAGCCCAAGCACAUCAAGAAACUGCAGUACUGCGAGUACCUUGGCAGGUAUUUCUGUGACUGCUGCCACAGCGGCGCCGAGGCGCUGAUUCCUGCCCGGGUUCUGUCCAGCUGGGAUUUUGGCAGGUACCCUGUGAGUGACUUCUCCAGGCAGCUGCUGGACUCGGUUUGGUACCAGCCUCUGUUCGACCUGACCUGUGUGGGUAAGACGCUCCGAGUGAAGGAGCUCGACAAGUUCAGGGAGCUGCAGGAUCAGCUGUUGUGCAUCAGGAAGCUGCUGAAGGCGUGCAGGCUGUCAGACAGCGUACAGAGGCAGUGCGAGCAGCUUCCCGCUCACCUGAUGGAGCGGCCGCACCUCUUCUCCAUGGACGACCUGCUGAGGGUGAAGAGGGGUCAGCUGGUGGCGCAGGCCAGAGCGGUGCUGCACGCUGCCAUCAGCCAUGUGGAGAGCUGCAAGCUGUGUCUGGCCCGAGGCUUCAUCUGCGAGUUCUGCAGAGACAGAGACGUCAUCUUUGCUUUUCAGAUGGACGUCUGUAGGCGCUGCCCAGCGUGUAAAACCUGUUUUCAUAAAGAGUGUUUUGCGGGAAAUACGUGUCCGAAAUGUGCCAGGAUCCAGUCACGGAAGAAAUGUCCGGAUGAGUCCAGGAAGUGACAACUGACCCACCAACAAUCUGAAGCAUUUCAUGAGUCUGUGCUUUAUAUGAACUGGAAAUGAUUCAAAGAAGCUCUUCGGUUUAACGAGAAAUGUUUCUGGACUGUGAACACAGAACCAGAACCUCUGAGGUUCCUCUCAGACAGUGCUUCCCAGGCCCAGGGCUUCAACCAGUACAGCGCGUGAGAGUCAGGGAGUGCAGGUCCUUCAGGUAGAGAUGGGUCAAAGGUAUUAGCAGCAAAGAGGAUGAUGAUGAUGAUGAUGAUGAUGAUGAGGCGCUCUGACAUAAGUGCUGAGUCACAGGAAAUGUGUAUAAAGCAUUUUAACAAAAACACUGUAAGAUGAGAAACUCUGGCACCAGUGACUCGUUCUGGUUCAUGGUGUCAUGACAGGAAAGAGGUUUCCACUCCCUGUAUCUAACAAGAUGAAAUUCAGGUUAAUGCUGCAGGGACUCGUUUGAGGAAGGUUAUCUCACCUGCUCCUAAACAACAACACUGGACCACAUGGGCCAUUAGCUCCUGCUAAUCACUGCACAGAGCAGCCUCUCAGGUGACCCAGCAAUCAGAGGUGUGAAGAAAAACAAGCUCCAGCCGCUGCACAGCGACCUGAUGCAACCGUUACCCAAAACUUGUGCAACUUUAGCAUUAGUUUGGCCACAGCUCAGUCUAAUAACCUAGAAAAUGAAUUCCAAGUAGUGAUGCUUUAGUAAGUUCCUUAGUGAGCAACCUCUCUGAAAGAGGAGGACCAUCACUUCUAGAUCAAACUUCUCAGCAAACAGUACCUGUCAUGCUCAAAAUUCGCCAGUCAGGGGAGGUUUGUCCAAUGACCAGACAGAAACCUGUGCCUGUUCAGCAGGUCGCUGGAAAUGAACCACAGGGGGUUCAGAAAGGACCACAAGGACAAGUGGAGGAGAUGUGCGUAAAAAAUGGAAGGUAGAUGGGACCGAAGAGGUCACAGCGGACAGUGAGAUUCACUUACGAAGCUGUAGGCCAGCCAACAUACCAACCCUGGGCCUCUUUUAUUACACACACCUGUACCAGUCGCUCAGAACUGUGUUCCAUUCCCACACUCAGAUCAAUCCCCAUUCUAUGGUUAUAACUGGUACACUGUCGUGAACUAAGCUACUGGAAUACGUGAAUUAUCAGGAGACAAUCAUUUUGAAUGGAGAAGAGUCUUGGAGGCUUGGAAAUAGAGGCUUGGAAAGAGGGACGUAAAAAGAGUGUAUUAUUUGUAUUCACUGUUCACUGUUACAGCAUCUCUUCUGAGUUGUGGGUUUUCCCACUAGCCAGCAGAGGGUGCAUAUGUGCAGUUGUAGUAGAGUGUAGGCUUCGGGAGGAAGAAUCCUUUCUAUUCGGUGAAUAAAGCACAUGAAACGUGUUUACUCCUUAUUACAGCACACUGUAUGCCCUCUGAACUUAGAGGAGCAACCUGUGUUCAUGCAAAUUUCCACAUUAAAGGACUUUCACCUCA